AUGAAGAAGCGGAGCUCGCAUUGCAGCUGUUUUCGAGGAUGGGUUCCGCCAAUGCUCGGACUUAUGUCGCAGCUUUCUGCGAGCGGAUGCCACACUGAGGCCUUCGUAGCCAACAGUCUGGUGGACAUGUAUGCUAGGUGUGGAAGCCUGGACGAAUCUCGAAAAGUUCUCGAUACCAUCGAGCCUCCAAAUGCGGCUUCCUGGACUGGGUUGCUGCUUGGAUACGUCGAUAGCGGCAAAUACCAAAAAGGUCUUGAGCUCAUUAGACGCAGAAGUCACGCCGGCCUCGUCAACAAAGGAAAGAUGUUCUUCCAGAUGAACGAAUUUGGAGCACCUGUGGAGGCACAGCAUUACAGCUGCAUGAUCGAUCUUCUUGGUCGUGCAGACCGCUUAGAUGAAGUUAUUGAGCUUCUCGGAAAGAUCCCUGAGCGAGCCGACCAAGCAACUUGGAUGACGGUCCUGAGUGCCUGUUGGAAAUGGAAGAACGUAGCCGUUGGCGAGCUCGCUUUCCAAUCCUUCUCAAGUUGGAUGGUGAAAAUGCUGCUGCAUACGUCCUCAUAUCGAACAUCUAUAACGGUGUCCUUUUCUGCUGAAAACUAG